AUGGCAGUGUGGAAUCGCCAUCUCGCUGGACGUACCUGUACGUGUUUGCUUGUCGCUUUGUGGUUAUUUCCGUCACGAAGAGCUGCCGGGGGAACUGCCGUGUUCACCAAUGUCCGGGCUUCCCAAGCGGCUCCGGCUCUGCAGCGGAGGGCAUCUAGCGACGAUUUGGAGGAGCGCAGGGCCAAGUGUCCAUUGAGCCAAGAGCAGCUGGAAAGUGAUCAUGGAGAGAAGUGGGGAGAUGUGAGGGAUAUUCUCGUGGGGCUAAGGGCAGCAAGCCCUGAAGCCAUCAUGCGGGCUCGUUUCACGGCUCUCCGUUUUCAAGACGCGCAGUUCCUCGCCGCCACCGAGAAGGAUGACAAUCAGUCAAUCAGAGACCGUGCAAAGCAGUGGUCACUACUCCUGGGCUUGGAAGAGAUGGGCAUGUUCGACAAGAUGAUGAAUCUCAACAGCGAUGCUUUCAAUUUGAGGGAGCCUGCUGGCUUCGAAGUCCUAUCAGCUGACGGCGAGUGGGUCGAAUUCAAAAUCGUUUGUUCUUCCAAGACAUUGACGGAAAAGAGCCGCUUCGUCAAAGACCGAAAGUAUGGCUGGGUUUAUGGCGGUGAGACGGAGUACAGCGAAGCGCGGAUCCGUGCCAAGAAACAGCAGGAAGAAAGCAGGGAUCGUGCGAUGAAAAGACGAGAAGAGAUGGAGCAGAAGCAAAGGCAAGCCAGAGAGAGAGGAAGGACGGAAGCGCAGGUGGGAGAUUUUGUCAAGCAUUGCGAGGCACAGAAGAACAUUGCCAUGGUGUCCUGGCAGAAGACGUUUUCUGAGCUGUCAGACCAGAUGACGGCUGAGGACAAGAAGCAAGAGGUUCUGUUGGGAGCACAAGGCCAGAUGGCUCUUCAGAAGCUGUUUCGGCCCCCUACUCUGCACACCAUGGGAUACGUGAGGGCCGGCCACGUGCCCAAAGAAAUUCGACAGCUCUUGCUAAGUCAUUUGAACAAACAUCGGAGCAGGUCAUUCGUUGAGGCUUUCAACCCACUCCUUGGCAAUCAGCGGAAAGCGAAGGCACUGCCGCUGCUUCCCGAGUGGGCGAAAAAGGGCGGCUUCAUCGACAACCUUCUGCGUCCUAUUGUGGAAAAAGCCUCAGGCAGAAAAAUGGAGCUUGUCAGAGUCGGUGCCAGCCUGCGAAUCUACGAGGAGGGUGCUUCUCUCAUGCAGCAUGUGGACAGUCCAGAAACUCCGAUCACAGUGGCCAUGCCUUUGGAGGCUAACGGAGCAGGAUCUAGCUGGCACUUGCAGAUCGGGGACCCGCAGGGCCAUAAGCACCGUCCAAUGCCUCUUCAGCCAGGUCAGCUUCUGAUCUACGAAGGAGCCAGGCUGGCACAUGGAAGGGCCGGUCAACUGCCACAUGGCGACUUGACGAUGGCAUUUGCAUACUAUCGCCCCAAGGCUAAUUACGAGGCCAAGCGCAUUCAGCGAACGCUGGAUCAGCUGCUGGCAUCUCACAAUGCUGCACAACGAGGCCCGUCGAAACCACCACCACCGAAGCCGCGAAAAAAGAAUGAAGAAUUUCGCAAAAUGGACGAGCUGUAG